GAGCUUCGUGCCCCGUCGCCCGGUGGAGUAGGAGCGGUUGCCCCUGGGGACGGGGGCGGCUCCGUCCGAUCUUUCGCCUCUCCUCGUGAAACCGAGUCGCCCUCGCCGAAGGAGCAGGCUGGCCGAGCCCUGCGGGGCGUCCCUGACCGGCUCUCGCUUCGCGGGCGAAGGGUGAGCGGGUGAGGAGGGGCCUCCCCGCUGAGGGAGGGCGAGCAGAGUUUAGAGGUUCUGCUAGCGGGUUGGGGACGGGUCCCGGGUAGGCAAUAAAACUGGUUAAAAAGCUGCAGCUGAUUGAGCUGGAAAACCGGGCGAGUUCUUAGAGCAGCAGUUCGCGUACAGGGGAAUCUGGCAAAGCACGUGAACGAAGUAGGGUUAUUGGCACGAGAUGUGGAAACAGAAACACGAUGAAAUACCGGAGCAGACCGGAGUACAGGUGUUGCGGGCCGUGUUGGUUUGGAAGAAGGGAGUACAGCUGUCAUGGAGGAGUUGGUAGAGGAUGACAUCUGUAUUUUGAACCAUGAAAAAGCAGACAAUGCUCAUAAGAGAGAUGGGGAGAUUCCUGUCUCAUGUUACAGUGGAGAUGAGUCUGUUGCCUCACACUUCGCACUUGUCACUGCAUAUGAGGAUAUCAAGAAACGGCUAAAGGAGACAGAGAAGGAGAACUCCUUCUUAAAAAAAAGAGUGAGAAUUCUAGAAGAGAAGCUGCUUGGCUCACGACUGGAAGAGGAAUGCGGUUCAGUUGGACGUGAACAAGUAAACAAGGCAUACCAAGCCUAUCGAGAGGCCUGCAUUGACCGAGAUAAUCUGAAAAGCAAACUGGAUAAAAUGAUGAAAGAAAGUGCGGAAUCCUUGAAAACCUUGAAUGAACAGUUGCAGUCUAAAGAAGUAGAGCUAUUACAGCUAAGAACUGAAGUGGAAACUCAACAAGUGAUGAAAAAUCUGAAUUGUACUCAGUCCAGCUGGGAAAUAGAGAAGCUGAGCAGUGACCUGAAGGUGCAUAGUCUGGAACAGGAUCUAGAAAAGCUCAAGCAAGAGUGCAACAGUCUCAGAAAGGAGUUGCAAAAAUCCAAGCAGAAGGACCACGCUCAAGACGAAAAUCCAUUCAGUGGAGACCUCCUUCAAAGGCAAGACAUCCAGAGUGUGCAACAAGCAUAUUGGGAACUGAAGAGAGAAAUGUCUAAUUUGCGUCUAGUGACUGACAUGCAAGCUGAGGUCCUACGAAAACUGAAAACAAACUCAACAGCGACCAAGAAAGCUGCCUGUACUGUACCAGUACAAUGUGUUGACUUGAAUAUUUCAAAGCUGAAUUUGACAUCUGGGGUAGUCUAUAAAAAACUCUCACAAAAAGAUGAAAUACUCUGCAAUGAUGUGUCUCCCCCUCUGCCGAGAGAUGUAAAAACCCCAUCUGAAAGGGUGACUCUACAAGCAUGGACAGAUGAGAGACCCAUUCCAGUUGAUGGCAAAACGUUUCAGGAACACCAUUCUUAUGGAAAGAGCUCUCUGGAAGAUAAUUCCUGGGUGUUCCCAAGUCCUCCAAAGCCUAAUGAGAAUGUGUUUUGGGAAAUGAGAAAUAAAACAACUUUGUUAAACUGUCCAGCAGAUUACAUGGAUCAGUGUAAUCAAAACUGUCUGUACAAGAGUUAAUUUUGAGAAUGAACUGAGGCAUUUUUAGAGUGGUUCUGAAUAGGCACCUUAACGCUUGAACUUUUAAAGAGAGAAAACAGAUUGCCUGAAAUGUUCUUUAAUUCUAGUUCCGAAACAGAAAGUGUAGUCUUCCGCAGCUGUAAAUCAGGAGCAAGUUCCUUGAAGUUAAAGCUGUGCUGGUAUAAUGUAAAUAUAAAGAAAUCUAGCAUGGGGCCUAGAUAGUCUUGUACUGCAAAUGGCACACAUUUGCAAAAGAUUACAUUGAAAAGUGAGUUCUUGGAAUAAAACAAAAUAAUCCAG